AAGGGUUUCAUAACUCUGAGUAAAGCCUGUAAAGUUGAACCGAAUUUUUUUAAUUUGUUUUUUGGUUGGAACAGAACCGGACUUCGUAUACAAGAAACGUUGAACCAUCUUCAAUCUUCCACUAAUUCUUCCAUCUCCAUUUUUAGGCUUCACCAGGAAAUGGGUUUUUGGACUCUACUUGAAGGCUUUCUGCUCCUAGCAAAUGCUCUCGCAAUACUAAAUGAGGAGCGGUUUCUAGGUCCAAGAGGGUGGAGCUUCUCAGACUUCUCAGGAGGCAAGACAAAGUCAUUUAAGGGGCAGCUCAUAGGUCUUAUUUACGCAACACAAUACUUGAGAGUUCCUCUGAUACUCCUCAACAGUAUUUGUAUCAUUUUGAAAAUGGUGUCUGGAUGAUGUUGCAGCACCAAAUAGUGUUAGAUCGAGUGUGUGUUAGUCUUAGGUGAUCUUGUCACAUAUCUUGUAUUUCACCUUGGAGGUAUCUAUUCUGAUUUUUGUUCCAUUCAAACAGUGCUGUUUCAUACUGCUUCUAGAUUUUGGCAUGAACUAAUGAGGAUGAUGUCCGUGGUCCCUUUCUCCCUUUUUUUUUUUUCAAUCGGAGUCCAUGGUGAUGACCAAACCUCUUCUUUGACAUUUCAAACACAGAGUUAUGUUGACUUUUACAAGCUUGCAAAAAGCCUUCUUCUGGGUUUAUGAUGGUGGUUACUUGGCAAUGGCCUACUUUGUGCUUUGAUAGUUUUGCCCCUUGUGAGGUUGAUUGGCAUGGUUUAAUAAUUUAUCCAAUAACUGGUUGGCUUAUUCGGGAAAAUAGGUUUAGCGUUUGGCAUAAGAAAGAGUUCAGGGACACAACAGAAAUACAAAACAAAGCAAAAGAGGGCUAAACAGGAUUAAGGCCUUUCACAAGAGGCCCCAACUAUGUCUACAAUUAGCAGACUUGCAAUUUCAUUUGGGGGGUUGUCUAAAUCUACCAGAUUCUCCACUUGAUUUACACCCAUGUUUGCAAGUUGUUCUCUUCCCAGAGGAUGUAAGUAUCAACACAAUUGUAUCUAUGCAUUGAUGUCUUCUAGUAAAGCUCUGUAUGGAUAGUUGCUAAGAGUACCACUUGCUCUGAAUCCAUUUCAGUUGUAAUAUCUUGCAUGCUUUUCUUCAAGAUAAUAGUAAGGCCUUUAUAAAUUCUCCAAAGCUCAGCUUCCUCACUUGUAGUUGACUCUAAUUUUCCAUGGUAUCCAAGAAUCCAAGCUCCUCUAGCAUCUCUGAAUAGCCUACCAUACCCAGCAGGACCAGGGUUUCCUUUGGAACAUCCAUCCGUCUUGAGCUUGAUUUUUCCUGUACAAGGAGGACACCAGUUAUUUCUACAGAAUAAAGUUUCACGUGUGAAAUGAGCAGUUUGGAAGGCAUGAUGAAUUUCUGUAGCUUGUUGAUGAAUUCGUCUCGUAGUUUCUUGAGCAUAGCUUUCUUGUUGUCUGAACACCACACUAUUUCUAGCCUUCCAUAAUCUCCACAACGCAACCACAAAAACAGUAUCCCAAGAGACAUUUGAUAACUCUUUGCUAUUGCUCUUUAUGUUGUGUUGGAGCUAGAUGUCCAAUAGCAUUAGAUACUCUCCAGCUGUGAUUAAUUAAGAUUUCCCAAAUCUCCACAGCUUUCUAACACUCUCUCAGAAGAUGGUUCAGAUCUUCAUAGUAGAGUUGGCAUCUGGGCAAGUGUCAAUGUCGGUGAGACCUCUAAUCCUCUUUUGAUGGUUGGUGAGCACUUUGUUAAGCAUCAGCAGCCAAAUAAACCCUUUCAAUUUUUGAGGGAUUUUCAAUUUCCAGAUCCAACUCCAGUUGGAUCAAACCAUUAUCCUGAUUAGACGCUUGAUUGAUAAUCAGAUUAUAGGUAGCCCCAACUAAGAACCCAUCACUAGAUGAGCCAAUCUAGUGGGUGUUGUCUACUAGCUCAGUAAACUGUGGAAGGUGUACCUGUUGUAUUUGUUGUAGCGCAUGAUGUGGUAAAAUAUUUUCAACCUCAGACAGAUGCCAUCCUUAUUCCUCAUUAAGCAUAUUAGCAACCUUAACAUCCUCAUUGGUAUGUGGUCCUGGAAAAAGAGAAGUUAAUGGCCCAUCCCCGCACCACCAAUCUUUCCAAAAAUAAAUGUUCUUCCCAUUCCCAACAGUCCAUUUUGUGCUCUUUUUCAGAAUAUCUCUAGUCUUCAUAAUGUUCCUCUAGGUCUGUGAAGCAUUUUUAUUUGCAAGUCAGUUAGCAAAAGUGUGCUUGUGAAGGUAUUUGCCUAUAAGAAUUUUCGACCAAGCAACCUCUUUGUCUGACUUGAUUUUCCAGCCCAGUUUGGCUAAAAGGGCUAUGUUCUGGUCUUCAACUCUUCUAAGCCCCAUACCUCCUUCUUGCUUGUUCUUGCAAACUUGCUUCCAAUUGACCAAGUGAAUUUUCUUCCUUCCUUCCUGGUCCCCCCAUAGGAAAUUUCUAUUCAGCUUAUCAAUUUGUUUGCAGAUGCUUUGAGAGAGUUUAGAGGUUUGCAUGGUGUAGGAAGGUAUGAAAGAUGACACAAAUUGGAUCACUGUUGCUCUAAAUUUAGAUUGUACUUGUGUAAUGACUCACAUGCAUUUGAUUAAUUAGUUUAAUGACAUCUUUAGGUGCUAAUUGAUUAUGUGUUUGUUGUGAAAUUGCUUGUCUAAUUGUGUGAAUUAUAAGGAUUUGAAUUUAUAUUUGUUGUUCAUAGGAAGACUUGUUGAAAUUAUAACUUUAAACUAAAAUUGAGGGUCUUAGAGGCGUCAAAAACCAAAACUGAGUAAAUAUUUGUGAUCAUUAUAAUUUUUAGCGCCAAAUGAGAGGUUUAGUAAAAAUUGAUUAUGAAUUAAUUAAUUAGAUUUAAUUAAAUUCAUUCAAUCCUUAUAUAUAUAUAUAUACACAUAAGAGCCUUAGUUGUAGAGUCUUAGACUUAGACUCAACAAAAUAUCUUGCUGGAGAAAGAGAGAGUUCUAGAGAGCUCCGAGAAGAAGAAGAAGAAGAGAGCUUGAGGAAAAAGGAGGAAGAGUGGAGCUUUGAUCCCCAUAAAUCAUCACUCUAAGGUAGGAUUUCUCUCCUAAUUUCUUAGAUUUGAGUCAUUUACACUCUUAUCCUCUUGAAUUUCAGCUCAAUUAAGGAAGACAUCAUGCUUAGUUAAGGGUUUUGUGGUGUGAGAACUCAUAUGAUUAUGGAUGAACAUAAAAUAGAUGAAUUGUGUGAAUGAAUUCAAGAUUUGAGCAUGCAUAGCAUAAUUUCAUGAAAAUCAUGAUCACAAACUUGUUUUCUUCAUAGCCUCUCAUGAUUUCCUUUCUAAGCUUGAGCUUCAAGUUGUAUUUCUCAAUUCUUUAAUGUUUCCAAAGACUUUGGUCUUUCAUAUGGAAAUUGAGCUUCAAUUUGGAGUUAUGAUUGUUAUUUCAAGUGAGAUAUGUUUAAUUCAACAUGUGUUUUGAAGAGUUUUGGGUCUUGAAAUGUAUAAAAUUGAAGUUUGUGGUUGCAAAACUCAGCUCAAGAAUUGACACAGAUUUUUGGACUGGAAAUGAACCCAGACCGCACGUGCGGCCAGACCUCCUCUAUUCCACGUUGCAUUCUGCUAAAAUUGCACGUGCGGGCACAUGUGCAGUGGAGGUUUCACACAUGCGCCAGUGCUCCCACACGUGCGGUUUUCAGGGCGGUUUCGGAUUCUUUUUCUUUUCGUUUUUCGGACUUCCAGGCCUUCAUUUGCAUGGCUUUCACAUGUUUUUCACAUUCAUACGCAUAUCAUGAGCAUGGAUUAAAUUAGAGAACAAAUUGAACUAACCGAAUGAACAAUUAGUGAAUAAAUUGAAUCGAUUUAAAAAUCGACUGAAUGAAUUAAACGUAUUUUAAGAUGUUGUGUUUAGAUAUGUUUUUGUAGGUUGAUCCGUUGAGGUGUAUUAUCUGACCAAGCACGGUGGGCAACUUGAAGAGCAAGCCUAGAAGAACUCCUUAGCGAGCCACCAUCUGAAGCCCUUUGAGUUUGUUUUGGUGCUUCUGAGUUAAGGCUAAGUCUAGUUGGUUUUGGCAAAUGUUAUGUACAUGAAGUUAAAGUUUUGAUGAUAUGGAUAUAUGUAUAUGAAAGGUUUGUA